AUGACAAGACAAAAGUCCACCAAUCGGCGCAAAUCAGGUCGUAUCGCAAAGAACAAUGCCAUCGCUGUGAUAGUACCAAAACCAAAGAAUAAAUGGAAGUACCAACCAUUUCAGCCAAGUACAACUGUCAAGGCAAUCUUAGAAAGCUUGUCUGAUUCAAACAUUAAACAAAAAUAUAAGAUUGAGUACGAUGAUGGCCUCGAAGAAGAGGCCUCACUAUCGAAAAUUCUGAGUCUCCCAAAUGGACUGGAAGCGCUAGAAGUAUUCACAACCAAAGAAAUUGUCAAUGGUUCGAAAAGCAAACGGCUAACCGAAAUAAAAGCAACCGAACCAGUACUUAAUAGAAGACAAACAAGAUCGAGUGCGUCGCACAGCGAUUUAAUCGGUGGCCGAGAUCCUGAUUUAGCGUCAGAGACAAGUUCAGAUGAUUUAAAUGUCGUCAUAACUAAGAAGCGUCGACUUAAUGAUGGAUGGACCCCAACACUAACUGACCAAAUCACUCCCUGUCGACGGAGUAGCAGGGUGGGAUCUAAAUCUCUUGACCACCAACAAUUAACCGCAUCAUCAGCUCGACAGAAUUCAUCAAAUACUAGAGAUUCAUCUCAAGAUAGGCCAAAAACAUCUAAAUCCCGCAAUAAAACUCUUAGCCCCUAUUUUUUAAAACUCCAUAGCCGUAGUCAUACUACACGGCCUAACUCCAAUUUAAACAAAGAAUUAUACAAGUCCUAUUCAAACCUGGAUCACGAAUCUGAUAAUGAAUCAGACGAAUUAGCAAGUAAAGCUCGAAAGCAUGACACAAAGUUCUCUUCCGUCAGAUCAAAAAUUUCUACACGUUCAACUCGAUCUACAAAAAAAUUCAGUGGUUCGAAAUUAACUCAGUCAGCUAAUUGGAAAACAAAGGAAGACGAUGAUUAUUUCUCUUCUCCAGUGCGUGAAACUCGAAGGUCAGGGCGUCAAAUUAUCAAAAAGACGUCACUGAUAACUAUUGACAAAAAAAAUGAUGGUAAUAAUGACGAUGACGGUGACGACGAUGCCAGCGACAGUGACGAUGAUAGCGAAGAUGAUGAAGAUGCUAGCAGCAGAGAUGAACUAUCUACCACUGAGGAGUUGAGUGCAACGCCAAAGGUGAUGAGCAUCCGUGAAGUCUACCCACUCCUAUCACUAAAUAAUAAAUUUCGGAAGUACCACAACAACACGUGUGAUGUUUGCGGCGGGAUUGAUAAUCAUCCAAGCAAAAGCUCCCUGAUAUAUUGCCAAGGAUGCUCUACUUCCAUUCACAAAGUCUGUCUUGGUCACCGUCAUUCUCGAAGGCAUAUGGUUACAAAAGUUGGCCACGAAAAUUUUGUCCUACAGUGUCAUCGAUGCAUCGGGGCUGCAGCUGAAAAGGAUGCAACAAUUCCUCGACUAGAUAAAUGCCAAGUUUGUCGACAGACCGGCUCAUCUUGCGCGGCUUUUUCAACCAAAAAAACUGCAAAACAAGAGGAAAAAAUUCGCGAAGAAAACGAUGGUGACGAUCCUAUUACACAGGUAUCUAGUCAUCUUAUAAAUAACCCAAAAAACGUCUUGUUUCGAUGCGUUACUUGCAAACGAGCGACUCAUUUUGAACAUUUACCACCCCUAAGUAAAGAUGACGAAAAAUCAGAUGAUAUCGAUAUCCUCCGAGAGAUUAAACUAAAAGAAUAUAAAUCCAAAUGGCGCUGUAAAGAUUGUCAAAAUAACUCAGCAAAGGUUCAUAGGUUAGUCUGCUGGAGACCCCUGGAGCGCGAGUCAUUCAGUAAUCAAGCCAUCGAAGACUUGUGCGCUGAUAGCAUCGAAUAUCUGAUUAAAUGGGAAGAAAAAUCGUAUUUUGAAUGCACCUGGAUGCCAGGUAGUUGGGUAUGGGGUGUAACACAAAAGAGUAUGCGGAAAGCUUUUUUGCGUCGGAACGAUGAUGAUAACAUGCUCCUAAAAUGGUCCUUUGAGGAAGCAGUUCCAGAAGAUUAUCUACGGAUUGAUAUUGUACUUGAUGUCCGCUAUACUCACGGCUUCAAUCCCAAAUCCGAAAAAUCUGACCAGAUCGCUAUCAACAUGGUAGAUGAGAUAUAUGUCAAGUUUAAAGGCUUAGGUUACGACGAUAUCGCUUGGGUAUCACCUCCUAAGCCUGAAGACUCCGGCCGCUGGAGUGAUUUUGUAGCCGCAUAUCAUGAAUACAUCGCAGGAAAGUAUUUUCCUCGUUUCUCGGCCGCAAGUAUGGAAAAACGCAUUGAGAGCUUCCGUAAACUCGACUUUGCCAAAAGAGUUGAGUUGAAAAAGCAACCAUCUCAACUCUCUGGAGGUAAAAUGAUGCCGUAUCAAAUGGAAGGUUUAAAUUGGCUAUUAUAUAAAUUUCAUCAAAAAAACAAUGUCGUAUUGGCUGAUGAAAUGGGACUAGGAAAAACAAUUCAAAUUAUCGCCCUCUUCGCUACUUUAGCAAAGAAUAACCCAAUCUGCUGGCCAUUCCUUGUCAUUACGCCAAACUCCACUUGUGCUAACUGGCGAAGAGAAAUAAAGAAGUGGGCACCUUCUUUACGGGUUGUGUCUUAUUACGGUCCUAAGAGUGCUCGUGAGGUUUCUAUGAAGUACGAGAUGUAUCCAGAUGGCUGUACCGACUUAAGAGCUCACGUAGUCGUCACAUCAUACGAAACACCUAUAGAUGGUAAUAGCAAAUCAUGGUUCAGCCAUGUCAAGUGGAGCGGAUUAAUCGUAGACGAAGGACAACGACUCAAAAAUGACAGGAACCUUCUUUACGUUGCGUUGAAGUCAUUACAUAUUCCAUUCAGAAUUCUUUUGACAGGCACGCCACUCCAAAAUAAUAAGCGAGAGUUAUUCAACUUGUUGCAAUUUCUGGAUCCAAAAAUUAAUGCGGCAAAACUCGAAGAUCAGUAUCAAAUAUUGACGAAGGAAAACUUGCCUGAAAUCCACGAGCUCAUUCGUCCAUUCUUUCUGAGGCGCACAAAACUCGGGGUAUUGAAGUUCUUACCACCAAUGGUCCAGGUAAUUGUACCUGUAUCUAUGAGCAUAGUUCAAAAGAAACUUUAUAAAUCAAUCUUGGCCAAGAACCCUGAUCUUAUCAGAAGGGUAUUUGGUCAGCCUAAAGCAAAUCUUGCUCCAACAGAACGAGGUAACUUGAAUAACAUCCUCAUGCAACUCCGAAAAUGCCUGUGCCAUCCGUUUUUGUACAGUACAGCUAUUGAAGAACGCUCGGCUAGCGAAGAAGCUAUACAAAGAAACCUCAUUGACGCUUCUUCCAAGUUACAGCUUCUUGAAAUCAUGUUACCCAAACUUCAAGAACGCGGUCAUAGGAUAUUAAUAUUUAGUCAAUUCCUUAACAACUUAGACUUGAUUGAGGAUUUUUUGACAAAUCUUAACCUUAGUUUCCAGCGACUAGAUGGUAGUAUUAGUUCACUAGAGAAACAGAAGCGUAUUGAUGCGUUCAAUCAACGUGACUCACCCUAUUUCGCCUUUCUCCUCUCAACACGAGCUGGAGGCGUAGGUAUUAAUCUAGCAACCGCUGAUACAGUACUGAUAAUGCGAAUUGGACAGAAGAAAAAAGUGACGGUUCUCCAGUUGAUGACUAAAAAUAGCGUCGAGGAAAAGAUUAUCCAGAUUGGUCGGGGAAAGAUGGCUCUUGAUCAAGCUUUGAUUGAAAGCAUGGGAACUGGUGACGAUGACGCAAUUGAUCUAGAGUCUAUACUUCAGUAUGGUGCAGAGGCUCUGUUUAAUGAUGAUGAUCAAAAUGACAUUCAUUACGACUCAAAUUCUGUUGACAAGUUAUUAGACGAUAUUCACCGUGAGGAGACUAAUUCUGAGGAGGAUAAACCUGCCGAAUCACAAUUUGCUUUUGCUCGUGUCUGGGCUAACGACAAAGGAUCUCUUGCAGAGUAUCAGAAUGAAGAUGACCAGUCAGCUACUCCCAACUUUUCAGCAUGGGAUAAGAUUUUAGAGCAACGUGAAGCAGACGCUGCCAUAGAAGCAGCAAAAAAUAUGGAAACAUUCGGACGUGGAAAGAGAGCACGACAGAUGAAGCAUCAUGAGCUGGAAGCAGAAGACUCGGCAAAUCAAGACUCAUUCAAAGAUGGCGAUAAAAGACCACAGGAUGAUCAUUCUAGUGAUUUUGAGUUUAGCGAAGCUUCCGAUUCUUACGAUGAAGGAUCCGUGUCAAGUCGACACCAAAAAGGCGUAACUGCAGUGCCACAUAUAUCUAAGCCUCCCCUCCAAAUUACUGAGAGCUCCGAAUUAUCAAUUCAAGGAUACUCCAACAGAUACUCAACUACAGACGGUUCGAAGACAGUGAAUUCUUUCACGAGGUCAUAUCUUGGUGAUAUUCAAAGAUCUACUAAUGUUUCAGAACAAAGAAUAGACUCAGAUCCAGCCAAAUACUUUGGAUCAUAUCAAAGCUACCCUCAAACGCAAGACGUCUACUACAGGCCAGACCAAACUAGUAAUGGAAUAAUUUAUUCCUGGGAUGGAUUAAUGCAACCAAUCCCUAGAAACGAAAACGUUUCACAGCAACUACAGAAUUCGACUCAUCCAAUUUACCGAAAUAACCAAAUGAGAAGCGCAUGGCCUCAGGCGCCAUAUUUUUCUAGCGCAUGCUAUAAAUGCGGCUUAACACACGGUUUCAUUUCAAGGACUUGCCCCAGCACGGCUUCAGUCGUUCAGAUAAGAAUAAUGCUUGAUACGUUAGCUCGUAGUAACAUUCCAAAUUUUCCUAGAGAUAAGCUGGAAAGUGUGCUGAGGGACCAAUUAGCCCAAAGGUCGCAGAGGAUUCAUAAUUGA